AUGAGCACGCAGAUCUUGAUUCUUGGCAGCGGAGGCAGAGAACAUGCUCUAGCAUGGAAACUUGCGCAGUCUGCUAUCGUAAAACAUAUAUUCGUAUGUCCUGGUAAUCCAGGAUCCGCUAAAAAUCAAAAAACUUCAAAUCUUGAUCUUCCGCUCAUCCACCCUUACAAGAAUAUCGUAGACUGGGCUGUAAACAAGAAGAUCGAUAUCGUAGUACCCGGUCCAGAGGAUCCUCUUGUUCUUGGCGUAGAAAAAUGCUUUCGUGACGUUGGCAUACCCGUAUUCGGUCCCACACAGCUAGCAGCUAGGAUGGAAGGCUCCAAAGCCUUCUCCAAGGCGUUCAUGCACCGUCAUGCUAUACCCACCGCCAAAUUUAGAACAUUUUCUUCUUCUCAGCUCCAGGACGCCACCAACUACGUUCAAACAUGUGGUCAUCCUGUCGUCUUAAAAGCCAGUGGUCUUGCAGGCGGAAAGGGCGUCCUCAUUCCCUCCUCUACUGAUGAGGCUCUCCAAGGUCUGCGAUCCAUCAUGGUAGACAAUGCCUUUGGAUCAGCAGGUGAUGAGAUCGUGAUCGAGGAACUUCUCGAAGGUCCCGAGAUCUCUGUGCUCGCGUUUUCUGAUGGGUACACUAUCGUACCCUUACCAGCCGCACAAGAUCACAAGCGUAUUGCCGAGGGGGACACCGGCCUCAAUACUGGAGGCAUGGGCGCCUAUGCGCCUGCCCCUGUCGCAACACCUGCGAUUAUGGAUCGUAUCAUGACAGAGUCUCUACGUCCUACCAUCGACGGCAUGCGCAAAGAAGGAUUCCCUUUCGUCGGCCUCCUCUUUACAGGCUUCAUGCUCACUGCCGAUGGGCCCAAGGUCCUAGAAUACAACGUACGUUUCGGGGACCCCGAAACCGAGGCACUCAUGAUGCUCCUGAGCGACGAUGUCGAUCUCGCUGCAGUCCUUAUCGCGUGUGCAGAACGUCACCUCGAUUCAGUCCAGAUCAACACGCGUCCAGGCUUCUCAGUCUCUGUUAUCCUCGUUUCGGGGGGAUACCCCGAGAGCUAUGCCAAGGGGAAGCCAAUUCAAGUGGGCGAGGUCCCGUCUGAUGUGGUGGUGUUCCAUUGCGGAACAUCGAUGAGCGGAAAUGAUCUGGUCACAUCUGGUGGCCGGGUCAUGGCAGUAACAUGCUCCGCACCAACCCUGGAACAAGCUCUUUCGCAAGUUUAUGCGACUGUCGACAAAAUCUCAUUCGAGGGCAAUAGAGCACUGACAUCAUCAAGUCAAGCUCCAUCAGACGGCCUGACAUAUGCGCAGGCCGGCGUCUCAGUAGAUGCCGGAAACGCGUUCGUAGAAGCCAUCAAACCAUAUGUGCGCGCCACUAAGCGCUCCGGUGCUGAUGUGGAAAUAGGGGGUUUUGGAGGUAUUUUUGACCUCAAAGCAACCGGCUACAAAGAUCCCGUGCUGGUCAGCGGGACAGACGGCGUGGGUACGAAACUUCGUAUCGCUGUCGAUGCCGGUAUCCACCAUCUGGUCGGAAUCGACCUGGUUGCGAUGUCGGUCAACGACCUGCUUGUGCAGGGCGCCGAGCCGCUUUAUUUCCUCGAUUAUUACGGAUGCAGCAAACUAGAUGUCGCUACUGCCGCGGACGUCAUCAAGGGUAUCACACAGGGCUGCCAACAAGCCGGCUGUGCUUUGAUCGGUGGUGAAACGGCAGAGAUGCCAGGGAUGUACCAAGACGGCGAUUACGACCUCGCAGGCUUCGCGGUCGGUGCAGUCGAGCGCAGUUCAAUCCUCCCUCGGGCAGAUAUCAUGCCAGGAGACGUCCUUCUCGGAAUCGCUUCUUCUGGAAUCCACUCGAAUGGGUUCUCGCUCGUUCGAAAAGUCAUCGAGAUGAUAGGCCUGUCAUACUCCUCGGCAUGUCCGUGGGACGAUCAAAAGACUCUCGCCCUCAGUCUUCUGGAGCCCACUAGGAUAUACGUCAAGCAAGUUCUCCCAGCUGUACACCAUGGAUUUCUAAAAGGCAUGUCUCACAUUACAGGGGGUGGCUUUAUCGAGAACAUCCCCCGGGUGCUGCCAAAAGGAAUGGGUGCAUUCAUUGAUGCGUCGACUUGGCAGCUUCCCCCUGUGUUCCGGUUCCUGAUGCAGCGUGGGGGAAUCGCCCCUUUGGAAAUGGCUCGUACGUUCAAUAAUGGUAUCGGGUUGGUGCUUAUUGUGGGGCGAGAGGAUGUGGAUAGGGCUGUGCAGGUCUUGCGGGGGACUGCUGACGCUGCUGUUUAUCGAAUUGGUGAGGUGACGGAUAAAAGUGGGGUUGAGAUGAGGAAUUUGGAGUGUUGGAGUCCUCAAUAG